UUAGGAGUCCAAUGUCUAUCGACGUGAAAAUUUAAGACCGUCAUGCUACACUUAAACAUUUUGUGAUGAUAAUUUAAUUUGAAAAUUCUGUCAGAACAAUAUGGUUGCUUCUCUAACGAUUUAUAAGACAGAACAAUAUAAUUUAAAUAUGUGUAGUGUUCAAUUAUAUCGUAAUUGAAUGAUGUUCUGGUAUAACCUCCAUCAUUAAAACUAUAUUUUUGUGUUAUAUUUAGCCUCUGUGUCAAUUUGCAAGGUUUCUCGCAAUAUGCGCAUUGAAAAUUUAUUCCAGAACAAAAAUUAUUUUAAAUAAUUUUUGAACGCUAGUAUAUAGAAGAUUGUGCAUCAUUCUCAUGGAUUUAGAACUUUUGAUUAAACCGUACAGUUCUGUUAUAUACUAAUAAAUACAACGUUUCUGCUGGGUCAAACCGUUCAAUUUAAAUAGCAGACCAGAAAAUCAUAUGUGUGACAUGUAAUAACUGCUUAUCCAAAAAAAGAGGACGAAAAAAUGUGUGCUCAUUUGCUGACAUGUCCAUUGUGUUCGCAACCAGGUUUCUUAACAUUAGAUGCACUUCGAGCUGGACUCGUAAGUGUAGCAACACGUCCAUUGGCAUGCCCAAUAUGUAACGAAGUGCUACUUGGUAUAGAUAAACUUACAAUUCACUUAUUUGGUCAUACAAUUAAUCAAAAUAAUAUUGAAAGUGCAACGGAAGUACCAAAGAUCACCAGCGCUGUGUCUUGCAAUAAUGUUCAAGAAUUAAUUCACGGCAAAUUAAACAUUUCCAAACAAGAUGAAGAUGCACCUAAGUUGCACAAAGAAGAAAAAGUAUGCAAUCCAGCUUUGAAUCAUGACAUCAAAAUAUUUAGUAAGGUCCCGAUCAUUUCAUUACCAAAAGAAACAUCGUUUUUUGUUCAAUCGAUUAAUAUCAGAGACAGCUCAAAUAUAGUGAAUUCUGUAAGUCCACAUCAAAAUGAGGAUUUAUCUCUAAAAACAAAUCAGAUCAUCUACAUACAAAACUUAUCACAGUUGCAAGAGAUUUAUCCUCAAGCAGAACACGUAGAGCAGUCUGUGCCAAUACAGAAACCUCUUUGUCAAGUAAAUGAUACAAAUGUAAAGAACAAUUCUUGCGAGCAAAAACUUAUGGAUAAUACCGUAUCAAAUUAUGUCAACCAGUACACUCAAUGCAAAAUAUCUCCAAAUUUGAAAUUACAAAGUGAACCUUCCAAAGAACAGGAAAAUAUACCUGCAUUCCAGACUACUUGGAUAAAAAAUAUAUGUAAUGAUAGUUCUCAACACAGACAUCAAGAAUCUGUAGUGCCAAGUAUAAUCACUUCAGAUGAAAACAAAAGUCAGCAACAUCUUCUAGAAAUGUCUACUGUUAUUACAACUAUUGGGUCAGCUAGCUCUGACAGCAAUGUCCCAGGUUUUCAGUCAGUCUCCUGCAUCCCAACUUCAGCACAACCUUCUUGCUAUAUGAGAGAAGAUUCCAUCCCAAUUUCGUCUGAAGCCAUACCCGCGAAAGACAUUUCAGAUAAACAAUCAGAAAGUUCAAAUCAAUCAGGAUUGUUAUCACAACUGGAAGCCUUUAAAAUUCUCGAGACGAAACAAAAAAUGGUACGGUGCGACAUUUGUGGAUUUCACUUUCCGGACAGUAAUAUUUUGCUGUUACACAAACAACUUAUUCAUACCAUCGAUGAAAAAGAUUUCAAUAUUAAGUCAGACAACAUGUUGAAAAGUUAUCCUUGCCAUCUGUGUUCAAAAGUUUUUAAGAUGCGAGGAAGUCUCAUGAUUCAUAUGAGAGUUUCACACAUGGGUUAUAAUUUAGGGUCUUCACUUAAGCAUGGAGAGACUGCAUCAACUCUGAAUGAUAAUGGAUACAAUUGUCCAACAUGUGGAAAGAAUUUUAAAAAGGAGCAACAUGUAACUCAACAUUUGAAAACACAUGAAGGUAAACAAUGGGAAUGUGAUGUAUGCAACAAAAUGUUUACUACAAAAUAUUUCCUAAAGAAGCAUAAAAGGCUGCACUCAGGAGAAAUGCCAUAUAAGUGCACUAUUUGCGACAAGACAUUCACCUUCCAGCAAUCGUAUCACAAGCAUAGACUUUAUCAUAAAGAUGAUAAACCUCAUACAUGCGCUACUUGUGGCAGAUCCUUUAAAGAACUAUCCACUUUGCACAACCAUGAACGCAUUCACACAGGAGAAAAACCAUUUGCUUGUGAAACUUGUGGGAAAUGUUUUCGACAACGGAUUUCAUAUUUAGUUCAUCGUAGAAUUCAUACAGGUGCUCUGCCAUACAAAUGUACAGCUUGUGGAAAAAGUUUCAGAUACAAGGUGAGCCAACGAACGCACAAAUGUCCAGCACAACCACCUGGUACUGUUGUGAGACAGUCCGAUAAUCUGGUGGAAAGAUUAAUGCAAGCUUCCCAAAUUAAAGAUGACCCUACGAAAUCUUUUGAUAUAACAAAACAACACACAAUAUCCAAUCAAAAAAACUUGAAUGAAGAUAAAUAUAUUUUAAUAGUUAAUACCAAUGGUCAACCAACUUUACCAAAGCACUUGAACAUAGAAGCAGUUAAUUCUACAAAUAAGGAAACCAAUGAAAAUUGUACGAAGAAGUACAAUAAAGACAAUGAAGAAUUUAUAAAGGAUCUGUGGAAUCCUGACGUUACCAAUGAAAUACCGAUGAAGAAACACGAGUUCCCCAUCAAAGAACAUGCGUUAUAUGAAAAAGUGAAAGUAAACGACACUAAUGAUUUCUUUACAAUGGUAAUGUCCCCUUUGGAAAAUGAAUUGCCAUCCCCUUCAACUGAAAUGGAACACUUAAGACUUUCAUCUCCUGUCGAUCGGGAGGAACAAUUAGGUAGAAGUGACAAUUAUAACAAUAGUUCAAAUAACUAUCAAAAUUAUGUAGACAACAUACAGGAACAUUUUCAAGGAAGAUCUAGGAUUGAUUCUCUACAAACUAUAAACGAGGAAUCAUUAAAUCAACUGCUGUAUGGAAUCCAUAAGAAACAAUGAUGUACAGUUUGAGAACUUUGUACAAUAAAAUUUGUACUUUACUCGAAA